AUGAUGAAAUCAAUGCUCUUUGGUCUCUUCGCCGUCGGAUCCGCUUCUGUCGACCAUUAUGGCAAGAUCCGAAUGCCUCGAUUUGAAAAACUGGUCGGUUCGGAGGUCGAUUUGGCUGGCCCGAUCGCCGUUGACUCGGAAAAAGACUGUACUGAUCUCUGCCGCGUUGCAUCGUUCUUUGCCAGCCCGACACGACAAUACGAUGCCAACUGUGAUUUUGCGGAUAUCUACGCUGACGGACAAUGCUCUCUCUCUGAAAUUCCAACAUUGCAAGAAUUCAUCGUCGACAAAAUUGGCUCCCGUGCACUUUCCUGCCGCGCUCUUUGCUCCUUCAUGUCCGACUGCAUGGUAGUUCAGACCGAGUCUAAAAUAACGCGACGAAUGACCUCCCGAACUUGCUCCUUUUUCAACGGAUACGUCGAGGAAGAAACUUUUCAAACUGAAUCAGUCAGAGAAUUCGCGAAGAAAAAAUUAAAGGAAGAGAAUAUUUCGAGCAUCAAAACCAUCUCUCUUGAGAGACAAAAAGAGGGAGAAGAAGAAAUAGUCAAGAAGAAUCAGAUGAUUAUUUACAACCGCGUCCCGAAAUGCGGGUCGACAACGACUCUUGCGAUCAUCGAUUCUUUGAAGAAAAAGCUCAAAUACAAAACUUUUAACGACAUUGCUCCUAAAAUGUCUCACCGAAUGAAAACCGAUGAAGAAGAACUCGCGCUGAUAAGGAAAAUAACGCAGCUAGAAAAGCCAAUGAUCUACAUUCGGCAUGUAUAUUUCCUCGAUUUCGACCGAUUCGCUGUCGAAAAGCCCCUGUACAUCAACAUCGCGAGAGAUCCUGUUUCGCAUUUCAUCUCGAAGUUUUACUACCAUCGAAAUGGAUUCGCCGGGGAGAAGAAGAAGAACUACGAAAAGUGGAAAUAUGAAAUGCCGGACGAUCAACGAUCAAUGACUUUAGAAGAGUGUGUUCAAACUGAAGCAACGGAGUGCAAACGACCUUUUUUGAGCCUUAUUCCUUUCUUCUGUGGCCAUUCGAGUAUUUGUCUGAAACGAGGAAAAGAAGCAGUAGAAAUCGCGAAAAAGAACAUUUUAAAAAGCUAUGCGAUUGUUGGAGUUACGGAAGACUUACCCAGCACGAUGAGAGCCUUUGAAAUUGUCGCUCCUGAAUUUUUCAAAGGAGCAUAUCACUUGAUUGAAGAAAAAGAUGAUAAACUUCAUGAAAAAACGAAAACUGCUGACAAAGAAGAAGCAACGCCAGAAUCGCUCGAGUACUUGAAGAGCAAAUUAUCCCGAGAAUAUGAGCUGUAUAAUUUUAUCAAGAAGACAUUUUACGAAAGAAUAGAAGAAUUUAAGAGAAGCGGACUUUGGUAA